GGGCAGAACCAGCCUGGGAAGGCAUCUGAGGCCACAUCUUGCAACAAUCUCUUCUCCCUGCAGCUGCAUCGACUACUGCACACUCUGGGCCUCACUGCUGGAGCCAUGAAGUCCCCUUGCUGCUGCCUUCUCUCCUUCCUCCUCUACCUCUUCCUCUUCUCUUGGACAUGGGCAAACCCGGAGGGGACCUUCACUAUCCGGCUGCUCCAGACUACCACCUUCCAAAACACCUCAUUCGUGCACACAGAGGGGCUGGGCUUGCUGGAAGACAUCGAACUUGGUUCUCUUGAUAAACACACAUGGUCCAUCCACUUCUACCAGCCCUGGGUGUGCCCAGCUCUGCCUCAGAGUGACUGGGAUACCAUUGACAACCUGCUCAAGAUCUAUUUGCAGCAGUUCAGCCAUCUGAUCAAUGAAGGUGCCAUGCAAAGGGACGUCCCCUACCCCUUUGUGGCUCAGUGCAUGGCAGGCUGUGAGCUCUACCCCAACAGAACCUCACGGACCUUUGCCUAUGUGGGUUACAAUGGUCAGGAUUUCCUCAGCUUUGACACAGAGAAUGCCAGCUGGACCCUCUCCCAGGACACCAACUUGUCACGGUAUGUCUGGUCAGUUCUCCAGAACUACACUACCUUGAGUGAGCUGGUGGAAGUUCUCUUCAAUGAUACUUGUGUUGAUGACAUGGAGGUGUUACUGAACUAUGGGAGGGCAGCUCUGGAGAGACAAGAGCUGCCUGUGGCCACAGUCUUCGCCCGCAUCCCCAGCCUAGACCAGCUGCUGCUCGUUUGCCACGUCACCGGCUUCUACCCCCGUCCCAUCAGCGUAGCCUGGCUGCGGGAUGGCCAUGAGGUGCCUCCGGGCCCAGUGCUCAACACCAGCACCAUCCUGCCCAAUGCUGACCUCACCUACCAGCUCCGCAGCAUCCUGGCCGUGGCCCCCCAUGAUGGGCACAGCUAUGUCUGCCGUGUGCGCCACCGCAGCCUGGGCAACCGCAGCCUUCUCAUCCCAUGGGGGAACUCAGAAGUGAUGCUGAUCACAGGGCUUAUGACAGGGCUGCUUGCAGCCAUGGCUAUAGCUGCCGUAUCAGUGCUUUGGGUGUGCAGACAAAGAAAGCACCAGCAGAUGGCGGAAUCGGAGUCCAGGAACUCCAUCCUAAGCAAACAAGCAUAGCUCAGGAGGGAGCCAACAGUCCCCAUUCCCUUCCACUGCCUUCACAGCAGCAAGAACUACAUUUUUCUGCUUCACCUAAGUUCUGGGCAUUGCCAAUUGUGAGACUAACUCGAUUCAAAGAUGCACAGCUUUUGACGCACUUGCAUUUUCUAAAUAGAUAAAAGUCUGAGAACUUCUCACUUGUUACACAUGAUCACCUCUUAGCUUGUGGCACUGACCUGUGCAUCCACUGAUGCCCUAAGGCACCUCAAGGCCUAAUGGAAAAUUCUCCCAGCUCUAGUACAGUAACACUUUUGUCAGUAGGUGGAAAGCUAUACUCUUCUACUGUCCCUUUCUAGUAUUUUUUUCUUAAAAAUUGCCUUUAUUAACCAUAUUCCAGAAAUAUUUGUGUUGAGACUGAACUGUUCCACACAGACUAACAGAACCUGACCAGAAAUGGCUUUACAAAGUGCUCACUUACACUGAAACUCUUGUGUAAUGUGUGGGAGCUGCAGAUGUGUAUUAAAUGAAA